GCGAUUUUCGUACACACUCGUUUUUCGUUUGCUCUGUCCAAUCCUGAUCGGAGAGAACGCAUUCAUUAGAGUGUUAUUGGCUUAAAAUACUGUCAUUCAUUAUAAACAAGACGAAAUACGCACUGCUCUUCCUCAAUUUGCAAUUUUGUGCUUCCAAAUGUCCCAAAAUGCAACCUGUUCCCUACAUUGGACACUAGUUUUCACAUGGGUUACAAAAUGUGUCCACUCUAUAAGGAAUUGGUUGCCACUUGGCAUGUACAUACUCAAGACUGCUUUUAGUGGCCUUUUUUUGGGUCCAUCUGAGAAGUAGCAGCCGGGAGGUUAUUUCCUCUUAUCGUUUAGUUAUAGUGAGAACAGACACAUAUUUCCAUAUGACAGGGCUCGAGAGGAAUGAAGAAAUGCUUGAAAUUCUUCUCUGCUCAUCACCCAAAUGACACCCUAUUCCCUGAGUAAACAACUUUGGACCAAAGCCUGGUCCUAAAUGACGACUAGUGUAAAGUAAUGAACUUCGUAAGGGAUAGGGUAGGCGUUGAAGAAAGCGAAGACAAGCAGGGCAAAGGAGAUCCACCCUCACAGAAGCGUGUUGUGUAUUUUUUUUCUUGGGCAGCUUUGAGAGCACACCUAUGACAUCACAAACAGCCAGGAGACAGACAGUGAGGCACGGGUUUAGUUAUCCCAGGCUUCAGCUGGUUGAGAGCAUGAUCAAGCACUGGAAGCAACUGUAGUCAGGGCCGACACAAAGAGGGAACUACUAAAGGCCAAAUAACACCGUAAGCAUGGCAACGCCUCCCAUAUACCCCAGGAAGUUGUUCUUGGCCAAGUCUUCCAGCAAUGUUGGGUGCAUUGACCUUCCAUCCUCCCUGAAAGACUCAGACAGACUGGAGCAUCACGCAUCAAAGUUGGGUCUAUCAGGACGAAGCCAAUCUGAGUGCCAGAUCAAACCUGGCCCGAAGUUACCAUGGUUACCUCAUUCUAUGUCUCAAUCGGAGGCAAUGGACGAGAAAAAUAAAACAAGCCACAACAAUAUGGAGGAACCCCAGGAGUCCAAUAACACUGGUUCCCCAACGGCCAAUCAGAGCCGAUAUCUGAGACCACGUCCUGUUCGUCGUCCUCCAGCUCCUCCAGUCAAGACCUCUGGCCCUCUUCUGAGCCCCUCUCCUACUGCAAACGUGUACUAUGAAGUAGUUGAAGGAUCUACACUUCAAAUGGCUGAGAAGUCCUUAGAUGUGUUUGGCGAAGAAAAGCCUUCCCCUCCCCCUCUACCACAUCCUGCCAGACCCCCUCGAUCCCUAGGGAUGUCUCGCUCCUCUUCAGACACUUCAGCCUAUCCAGGGUAUGAGAGAAUAUUACCUGUCAUGGGCCUACCGCACCCUCAGGGUCCCAUAGAACAAAAGUGUCAGCCUCAUCACCCCCCAGCUCUGCUGAAAUCUAAAUCCCUGUCCUUGCAUGGGGACUACAAUGAUGUCUGUAGAACCUCAAAUCAGAGUCCCUCAGGCAUAAACAAUGCGAUAUCGCCUCGCCCACCGCGCCCCUUACGGCCUCCUUCCCGCUGCCUCUCCCGCUCCCCCCUCCAACCAUUGCUGCAGGUCUGGACUGCAGGCAGGCCAGUUGAGCACCCAGACUCUUACUACCAAACCAUGCGUUUAUAACACUUGCAGAAUGUGGUUUGGCAUUGCCCUUGCCGAAAUAAGCAAGACCUUCCCUGAAAAUGACUUAGUCUGGAUGGCAGCAUUUGUUGAUCCGAAGCCUGUAUAUGUUGUUGAGCAUUAUAGGUGCCUUCAACCAUGCCAACUUGCAUUUGUGGAUGCAACACUGUUCAUAGACAAGUGUUCUUGAGCCCAUGCAGGGAUUUCCAUUACAGAAUUGUCUGGUUUUAAUGCAUUGCUGUCUGAGGGCCCAAAGACCACGGCCCUCCAAUUAUAGUUUUUUGCUUUGUCCCUUCCGUACAGAGAUUUCUCAGAAUUCUCAAUCUUUUAAUUAUAUUAUGUACCGUAGAUUAUGAGAUCCCCAAACUCUUUGCAAUUUUACUUUCAGAAACGUUAUUCUUAAUUUGUUGCCCAAGCAGUCUUUAAUAGAGUGGUGAACCUCUGCCCAUCUUCUGAAAGACACAUCCUCUCUGGGAUGCUCUUUUCAUACCCAAUCAUGUUACUGACCUGUUGGCAAUUAACAUAAUUAGUUG